AACGCGCCUGUAAACAGUCUGAUGUCUGAUGGAAAUAAAAUCAACUUCUUCACCAGAAACAGCAGAAAUAUCCAGCUGAUCUUUUUAAAACUCCAUGGAUCGGAACAUGAAGGGAAUUUCUCUUCAUCAACACCAGACUGAAAACCUGCAGAACCAACUGGACCGAACCGCCCUUCCUGCCGACGUCCAGCGGGUUCUGGUGGUGAAGGAAGAGGUUCCGCUUGAAUGGAGCUCCAGCCCGGAUCAACCGGAUCAACCGGAUCAACCGGAGCCAGAAACCCUCCGGAUAAAGGAAGAAGAAGAAGAAUUCCGGAUCGGUCCGGAGGAGACCGACGUCAGCGAAGAGGAACUCCGCUCGCCUCAGAGGGUCAAAACGGAAGACGGCAGCAGCUCGGAUGUGAAACCAGAGGUUGACGAGGUUGAAGGACCAGAUCUCGUCUGGAACCCGUAUCUAACCGCCGAUCUGCAGAUCCGAACGGUUGAAAAGAACUCCCAAUCCUCCGGGACGGACGCCAGCGACGAUGACUGGCAGGAGCCGCUGUCCGGUCUCGGACCCGAAGGGAGUGUAACGUUAUCCGGAGGAACCGGAGAGAAACAGUUCCACUGCGGAAUCUGCGGCAAAAUAUUCAAGCACCGGUACGAGCUGAAGAGACACAUGAUCGUCCACACGGGCGAGAAACCGUACGGCUGCCGCGUCUGCGGCAAGAGAUUCUCCAACCAGGGGAAUGUGAAGCGACACAUGAGCUUCCACACCGGGGGGAAACCCUACGGUUGCGACUUGUGCGGCUACCGGUUCGACGAGAAGGUGCAUCUGGAGAAGCACAUGAGGGUGCACUCGGGGGAGAACCCGCUCCGCUGCGACAGCUGCGGGAAACACUUCAAGUAUCCGAGCGAUCUGAAGAUCCACAUGAGGGUGCACACCGGGGAGGCGCCGUUCCAGUGCGACAUCUGCGGGAAAAUGUUCAAGUACCGGUGUGACCUCACCAAGCACGGCAAGGUGCACGCCGGCAAGCCGCAGUUUCAGUGUGACGUUUGUAAUAAAAGGUUUACGUAUCAGUCGAGUCUGAAAAAGCACAUGAGCCUCCACGCGCAGGAGAAGACGUUCGACUGUGACGAUUGUGAUGAAAAUAAUGUGACGAUAAAGGAAGUGAAUUAACUUUGGGGGCCCGGCAGGGAUUCUUUGGGGAGUUUGAGAGUCUCUUGAGAUUCCGGUUGAGGGGAAUCGAACGGUCGGACGCUGGAACGCUGUGAGGAGCUACGAGGAGCAGCGAGAAGCUAGGAGGAGCGGGGGAGGAGCACCGAGGGAACUUUUACUUAAUUAUUCAUUCAUUCAUCCAAGAUGGCAAAGCUGCUUAAAAUCAAACACAACCCUGUUAAAUUUAUACUGGAGCUGCUUCUGACAAGGACAGCAGAGUCUGAUGUCAUGCUGAUAUAUAUAUAUAUAUAUAUAUAUAUAUAUAUAGUAUAUAUAUAUAUUAGUAUAU